CACAGUCGUUGAGGUUAUAAAAAGCAUCUCAUAGGACUCAACCUCACCAAAGUCAUAUCCUAUUGCAUCACUCUCCUUUAAACACAGUCAGAGAAAACAGCAACUCUUGUCUGAAAAACUAGAGAGAGAAAAUGGAUCAUGGUAGGUUAAUGGAUGAUCAAAUGAUGCUAGGCUCUCAAGUGUACCCCUACACGACCCAACCCCAAAAUUCACACUGCAUCAUCGUUAACCAGAUCGAUGGAGGCGAAGAAUCAAAACCGGUGAAGCGGAGGAGGAAGAGGAGGAGUAAAGGUUCAUCAGCCACCAACGAAGAAGACGUGGCGGAGAUCGGAGGGAUGUUGAGGAAGAGGAAGUUGACCGAUGAACAAGUGAACAUGCUCGAAUAUAGCUUCGGGAACGAGCAUAAGCUGGAGUCAGGGAGGAAGGAGAAGAUCGCCGGAGAGUUAGGUCUUGACCCGAGACAGGUGGCUGUUUGGUUCCAGAACCGCCGUGCACGUUGGAAGAACAAGAAACUAGAGGAAGAGUACGCCAAACUCAAAAACCACCACGACAACGUCGUACUCGGCCAAUGCCAACUCGAGUCUCAGAUAUUGAAACUAACAGAACAAUUGAGUGAAGCUCAAAGUGAAAUUCGAAAACUGUCGGAACGACUUGAAGAAAUGCCAACCAACAGUUCAAGUUCAUCGCUUUCUGUUGAAGCCAACAAUGCACCAACUGAUUUCGAGCUUGCCCCGGAAACUAAUUAUAACAUCCCGUUUUAUAUGUUAGAUAAUAAUUAUUUACAAAGCAUGGAGUAUUGGGAUGGUUUGUAUGUAUAAUCAGUUUAUCAACUAAAUAUCUCGUGCUUUAUUGAUGCAACUCAUGUUAUUAUAAGUAAUGUAGAAAUAGGUGUUGGUGAAACGGUUGUAAUUAUGUGUUGUUUUCAGUAUUUAUUUUAAUAU